CGCGUGGGGCCGGGCCGGGGUUACGAGCGAAUGACGAUAUCACAAACAAUCGCUGAUAGAGGGCGCUAUCACACACAGACUGCAUGCUAUCCUUCAUCCCUUCAAUCAACCCGCACCGGAAAGCAUCUGCCUGCAUUUUGUACUUAAUUAGCUGUAAAAAAGCAGAGUUUUUCAUUUUUCCCCCUUAUGGUAAAAACCUUCACUUUCCACAUAUUUUCGACUGCUGGUGAAAGUUCGUGCAUCAAAGGAUACGAUCUGAGAGAAGCCUUACAGGACCUCGGCAUGUCAUCUCUCUAUGCACGACGCAUGGCACGCCUGAGUGCCCGUAUUUUUGGGGAUGUUUUCAGACCAACCACCUCUCAGUCAAUGAAAGUUGUACAACUAAUGAGAGAGAAACCACGAGAACACAAACCAGAGGUUACAGAGUACUACCCACCGCACACCGAAGUCUACAAGAUGAUGAGAAGGCUCCAGUUUGUGGGACUUUACAGGGAUGAACAUGCUGAUUUCCGUGCUGAGAUGAGGAGAGUUGCUCGUCUUAAAGGGAAGGCCCCGCCCAAAAAAGGAGAGGGCAAACGAGCAAUGAAGAGAAAAUGAUCAGCCAAUUUGGCAAGCAUUGAACCUUACAAGUCUUAGAUGGAUGCAAGGAGACUGUUAAUCAUCCACAUAUGGAUGUACAAGUACUAAGAGUUUGAUCAAGGAUGUGUCAGAGAUGAAUGACAAAGUCUGUAUCUGACCUUAGUUUGCAGAUGCAGUCUUUGUGCUGCAAUAAAUGCAUGUAUAUAGAGGAGUUAUGUCUUACAAAUUAUCAAGGCCAGUCAAAAAAAAAAAUCAGCAAGUUUUCUCGUCCCCGUCCACUUUUCUCUCCCACAAAGAUGCAAAAAAGCUUCUUUUUUGGGGGUGUGAUUUAUUUGGAUGUUUCGGAUUUCAUGUAGGCCUACUUUCUAAAACAGCCAUUGUUUCCAGACAAUUGUUUCGAAACAGUGUUAGUUUCAGGUAAGAUCUCCCCCCCCCCCCCCCCCCCGACUCCUGUCAACAGCAUUUAAACACCUUUUUUCCCUGCCCGGCAAUUUGGGUACUUUAAUUAAUCUGAUUUGGCAGAGACAUCAACCAACUAUUGUAGAUUUGGGCCGAACAUGAACUUCUCAUGUCAUCAUAACCUCAUCAUGUGUCACAUGACAUCACAUACAUGUAUGUGUCCAAUUGCUUGUAACUUGGUAUGACCAUGCAGGUAUACCACAAAGUGAAAAUCCACACUCAUUGGAGGGCUCGUAAUUUUGAAUCUAAUUGUCUUAUGAUGAAGUCAUUCAUAUAGACCUUUGGGAAAUUUAGUUAGCUACGUUUUGAUAUCCCAUUUGCUACUAAAGACUGUAUAUCAUCCAAGAUUGACAACAAUUUAUGAAAAAUGCUGCAUUUUGAAAACUUUUCAAACUGCAUAAUUUUUCAAAAACUGUUGUUAGUGUUGGAUGAUU